UACAGAAUGCAUGGGCAGUGGAGGCUGCUGGUUCUGUAUUGUUUUUUUGGGUCCCACCAGGGCCAAAAUCCAUCAUGGUUCCAAAAUAUCUCAACAAAUCUCUUCAAGUCUCCUGGGGAUUUUUUACUUGGAGGUAUUUUCCCUAUCAAUGUACUCACCAGCAACCUAAGUGAGAGAGUCGAGCCGGAUGAUAUUCACUGUGGCGUGAUCAAUGAGUAUGGUCUAGCCCUAUCCUUUGUGAUGAAGUACUCUGUGGAUGAAAUCAAUGCCAGAUCUGACUUACUUCCUGGAAUUCGGCUGGGCUUUGAGAUUUUUGACAGCUGUAUGCAAUCAGCUGUCAUUAUGAAGCCAACCCUGUUCUUCCUCUCUGAGGGCUCCUCAGAAGUGAUGGAGGUCAGGUGUAAUUACACAGACUACGUAACACGCGUGGUGGCUGUCAUAGGUCCAUACAGUUCUGAGAUGGUGUCCAUGACUGGCAAGCUGAUGGGCUUUUUCUUGAUGCCACAGAUCAGCUAUGGUGCCACCAGUGAGCGGUUCAGUGACAAGAGCCUGUAUCCAUCCUUCAUGCGCACUGUGCCCUCUGACAGGUGGCAGGUGGAAGCCAUGGUGCAGCUGCUUAAGGAGUUCCAUUGGAACUGGGUGGCAGUGGUUGGCAGUGAGGAUGAAUAUGGCAGGAAAGGCCAACAGCAGUUCUCUUCCGUAGCAGGAGAGCGAUCCAUAUGCGUGGCAUAUGAAGGAGUGAUCCCCAUCUACAGCGACCCUGUGCCCGUGGUCACAGAAAUACUGCAGAAUAUUGUGAUGACUAAGGUGGGUGUCGUGGUGGUCUUCGCUCUCGCUGAACCAGCCAAAGUUUUCUUCACUGAGGUGAUCAGGAGAAACAUGACAGGCAUUUGGGUGGCGAGCACAGCCUGGGCUCUGCAUAAUAGCAUGACUGCCUUGCCCAACAUCCACACUGUGGGAACUAUACUAGCCUUUGCUGAUAUGACACAGCGCCUAGGCCAUUUCAGCAGCUACAUGAGAGAACUGUUCACCAAGAUUGAAGAGGAGAGGCUCCAAUCCCAGAGCACAGAGCAAGUCGCUGAGUCUUCUCCUCUGGACAAUCCCUGCCCGGACUGCUGGCAACUCUCACCAGACAAUAUGAGCCUUGUGGAAGUGCCAAUGGUCCAGCGCACAGCCUUUAGUGUUUAUGCUGCCAUCUACAGUAUAGCCCAGGCAUUGCAUGACAUGCUUGGCUGCAAUACCACAAGCUGCCCAGCAAAAACAAAGCACACUAAAAUCUAUCCAUGGCAGCUGCUGAAAGAACUGUGGAAAGUGAAACUCAACAUAAAUGGAACAUACUUUAAGUAUGAUGAGGAGGGAAACCCCAGCAUUGGCUAUGAUGUACUGGUUUGGGUCUUUGAUAACAACACUGUAAGAUUCAAAGAUAUUGGCAUCUUCAACCAGAAUCUAACCAUCAACAAAAGCCUCAUCAAAUGGUACACAGGUAGCGCUGAGGUUCCCCAAUCCACUUGCUCUGAAAACUGUGCAGCAGGACAAGUGCGUCGUGUCAAGGGGUUUCAUUCCUGCUGCUUUGACUGCAUUGACUGUAGAGAAGGAACCUUCCAGAACAAUACAGAUGAUGUCCAGUGCACACCAUGUCCCCGUGGCCAGUGGUCUGUCCAUCUCAGCACCAACUGCACUCACCCUACCUUUGAGUACCUCUCCUGGAGCAGCUACAAGUCUUUGGGGCUGGUGCUGGUUGGGGCCGUCCUGUUAAUGUGUCAGGCAACAGUGGGCAUUCUCUUCUUUAGGCACCGUGGGACACCACUAGUGAACGCCUCAGGAGGGUCACUGAGUGGUCUGUCCCUGCUAAGCCUGAUGGGAGGCUGUGCAAGCCUGGUGCUGUUCCUUGGUCGACCAAACGACUUGGUGUGUCGACUGCAGUUGCCACUCAAUGCCAUCUUUCCAACUGUAGCACUCUCAACAAUCCUGGCUAUCUCUCUACAGAUUGUCUGCGUGACCGAAUUUCCAGAGCGGGUUCCUGCUCACCUGGAGAAUCUGCGUGGGGCGGGGAGCUGGAUGGUGGUGCUGACUUGCUGUGGUGUUCAGGCUGGACUAAGUGGAUGGUACGUGCAUGAAGGCCCUUCAUUAUCCCAGUACCUGUCAAACCUGGAGGUGAACUUUGUGAGAAGAUUUCUGUGCUGUCCAGUCCAGCCUAUCCUAAACUUUGGCCUAAUGCUGGGCUUCAACGGUGUGCUGUCACUCAUCUCGUUCAUGUGUACCUUCAUGGCCCCGAAGCCAGCCAGACAAUACAACUUAGCCAGAGACAUCACCAUAUCCACUCUGGCCUACUGUCUAGUGUGGGUGGUCUUCAUUCCUGUCUACACAGGCCUAGAUGAUGAAAUGAAGGCGAUAUCUCACAUGACAGUUAGUUUACUCAGUAACAUGGCACUAAUGGCAGCUUAUUUUUUUCCUAAAUGCCUCUUGCUGAUUAAACAUCCAGAAUUCAAUACAGAUGACCACUUUUGUACAUUUCUGGAUGGAGCACCGCCAGUUCCUCAAGAAAGUCAGAACAAACAAUAG